AUGAAUUUUCGUCAAUUGCUUCAGUUAUGCAUACUAAUCGCUGUUGACGUCGCUGCUCAACUGGGCCUGGGGUUAUAUAAUCCUUACGGCAUGGGCUUGGGAGGAGGCUACGGAAUGGGAUAUCCGGGUAUGGGAAUGGGAUACGGAAUGGGGUACGGUAGUGGAUAUCCUUAUGGAAUGUACGACUGGAGGUGCAGGAAUCUUCUCGGUCUCAACUACGGCUACCAGUACAACCCGCUGUUUUCCGGAAUAGGGAGGAAGUGA